CUUCCUCGCUAGCGUGUUUUUUGCGUUCGCCUCGAAGCAAGUACAAAAGUGAGACAUCUUCAAAAGUUGUGCGCGUGCCUCGUUGCGCGAUUCAUUCGCGCCCCCUGAAAGCUUUAACUAUUACUCGGUGCCAAUCACGGGAUAAUGGGAAGCGUGGAUGAUAACCUUCUGAGGUCCCCUCGCCCAUCACCACCAGUACUUCGAUGUGGUGGCCCAGACAUUGGGGAGGAGUCUAGUCAGCACCUCUUGUAGGUUCUAAGAAUUCACCGUGCCACCCCCAUCCUGCCUUCCCUGCUUGGCGGCGACGCCACGAGCACCCGUGGGAAAGAUGCCGCAAGAAAGUUUGAAGAUGAUCAGCAACUCCAUCAGCAUGGGGCUCGGCCGUAGUCCGCUUGGUCUCAAUCAACAGGUUGCUGGUGGCUCGCGGUCGUCGGUGCUUCUGUCCCGCGUCGACUUUGAGCCAGGUGACAGUGGGGGAAAGCACUCCACCGAGGCGCUGAAGGCAAAGUACGCACCGCUGUCGCCAUCGCCGGUGCACAACGGGCAGCUGAGCAAGAACAACUCCCUACACAAGAUAGGGGGCAAGACGAUGGUGAACGGUGUGGCCCUGACAAACGGGUUGGGCGGCGGCAGUGACGCCGGGAACAAGGCGGUGCGUCGGGACGACGGGUACGGCGAAGACGGCAUCCCCGAACCCCGGGUGCGCCUCCACUCCUCGGACUCCGUCUGGCUGGACUGGCGGGAGCAGCGGCGCAUCGGUGCUGGCCUUGUGAACAUGGGCAACACCUGCUUCAUGAACACGGUCAUCCAGUGCCUGACCUACUGCCCGCCCCUGGCCAACUACCUCCUGCACCAGGACGACCACUGCGCCAAGUGCAAGACGCUGAACUUCUGCAUGAUGUGUGAGCUCCAGAGGCACAUGAAGCGUGCCCUGGAGAAAUCUGGCGACGCCAUCAAGCCCCUGUACAUAUACCAGCGGCUCAAAGCCAUAGCGAAGCACUUUCAGUUCGGGCAACAGGAGGAUGCCCAUGAGUUCCUCCGCUACGUCGUUGACAACCUUUGGAAAGCGGCGCUGGCCAACUACGACGGUGGCGUCAAGCUGGACCCUGCGAGCAAGGAAACAACUGUUGUCAAUGAGAUUUUUGGCGGCUAUCAUCGAAGUCAAGUGACUUGCAUGAAAUGCAAGGAAAAGAGCAACACUUACGACCACUUCAUGGAUCUCAUUCUCGACAUCAAGAAUGCCUCCAGCCUGGAGACGGCCCUGGAGAAGUUUGUGGAGCCUGAGCUGCUGCAGAACGACAACGCGUACAAGUGUCCGCGGUGCAACGUCAAGGUGAUGGCGCAGAAGCGGUUCACGGUCCACCGGGCGCCCAACGUGGCCACCUUCCAGUUGAAGAGGUUCGAUGCCAACCGGAUGUUUGGCGGCAAGAUCACGAAACAUGUGAGCUACCCCGAGCACCUGGAGCUGCGGCCGUACAUGUCGGACAAGCACGGUGAUCCGGUGACGUACCGACUCAACGCCGUUCUGGUGCACCUGGGCGCCAGCUGCAACUCUGGGCACUACUUCUGCUUUGUGCGCAACUCCAACGGUAGCUGGUACUGCAUGGACGAUUCUCGGGUGCAUCAAGUGAGCUUGGGCCACGUCCUGAACCAGCAGGCGUAUGUCCUCUUCUACGUCCGGGCGCCGUCGGAGUCGCAGGAAAAUCACGUCGUCAAGAAGUCCAACUCCGCGGCCACGUUGUGCAGCCAAAACGCCACUCCCGAGCCAAUCCGAAAUGGGCAGCUGUCCGUGGCCGCGGAGAGGAGCACCCCGCAAAGGCCGAAGCAGCCCCCGCCCAGGUCUCCCUCAUCGCCUGCAGCGGUAUCCACGGCUGAAACAGCAGCUGCGUCGUCGUCAUCGUCUAUCUCCGCCCAGCCGUCGCCCCACCGAACAGUGGCGGUGUCCACGUUGCCCUCGACGUCGACACCGCUUCCCGCCAAUCGCCCGAAAAUUGCCUUCGGAAUUGGGGCUUCCUCUUCAUCCUCGGUUGCGACUUCGUCUCCAUCCCCAUCGACGUCUCAGCGAAGCAUAGGGCCGCCUAAACCUCCUGCUCCGGCGGCGCCCGCAAAGCCUUCCGCGGAAAAGCCAGUUGAGAGACCUGUAGACAAGCCGCUCACCCCAUUAGCCCUGGGUGACAUGAGCCUGGUUCCGUAUGCUGGGGACUCGUCAGAUGACAGUGACCGAACCGACAGCACUAUAAACAGGCGGAAAGGUGCUGCAGCCCAAACAUACUCCUCGGACACUCUGAGGGCCAAGGCUUCCUCGACAUGGCAGGUGUCGGACGUGAACCUUCUCUCUCCGGCCAUCUCGGUCGAGUCGAGCACGACGAGCGUCAACUCUACGACAGACUGGAACGUGACUGACAAGGAGCGGCCCUACGAGGCGCGCAAGCCUGUCGCCGAGGAGUUUCCAGGCUGGACAGUGGAGCCGGCAGCCGCCAGCGCACCCGGUACGGCGGAGUCGUUGUCGCUGCCAGGGAGUUCUGGGGAUGCCACUUCUAAGUGUGUCCGAGACGAUGACGGGCUGGUCGUUUCAAAGCACAAAGAACAGCAGCUGCGGCCCUUUCUUGGCGACGGACGCGUUGGCGUCAUCGAUUCCACCGAGACUCAACCUUCUGGUGACGGUGCGCGAGGCGGUGACGCGAUGUCUCCAGCGAGUGAACUUAUCGCGGGUGACGACAGUGCGGCGGCGCCAGUCAACGAGCCCCCAGUGCGGCCUGUUGUGCCUCCGCCGAAUUCGGCGGCGCCGGCUCCCAUCGCCAACGGAUGUGUGAGGGCCGUUGCGGCUGACACAGAUGACAGCAGUGAUUCGCAUGAAUGGGUGGAACGGACAAAGGAAACGUUAGCUGCUGAACGACGCCACUCGUCGAGCAGCAAAGCCACAGUCCACCAGUGGGACGCACGGCCGAGCGUCAAUGGCUCCAAGGAAGGGUCGUCGUCGUCGCACUGGAACGGCACCAACGGUAGUGCCAAAAGGCAGACGGACAUUCUGAGCUACUUCCAUAGCAACGGCUCCCGUCAGUACGGCUACGCUGUGAACGGAUGGCGCGGCCGAGGCUCCGAAGGGGCCGGCUACCACAACGGCUACAGAAACGACCGAGGCGGUGGCGGCGACUUCUACCGGGACAAGCGGAAAUACUACGACGGCUAUGACAGUUACGACGAUGAGUACGAUAAGGGCAAGCAAAAGCGCAAGAGCAACGGCUUCAGUCAGCACUCGGGAUCGCACUACCGCAACGGGUCGAAUCCGUUCCAGGAGGCGCAUAACUUUCGGAACCAGCAAGGAGUCGGCCACCGGUUCCACCACCAUCAGCAGUUCCACAAGAGGUUCCAGAAGGGUCCACCUCCGUUCUACAACCGGCACCACCACCACCACAACAACAACAACCGGCAGCACUUCAACUACGACUCGCCCCGACGGAAGCACCACUACAGUCGCACCCGAUAGCGAGAAUGUGGGGAUUGGGCCCAGCUAAACCUAGAUGGCCGAGCCAAGGGUUGGAAACAAGGAAUUGCCGACGAUAUGAUACACGGCAUUUUAUUCGUCGGCCCCUCUUGCCUCGUCGGGGAGAGCCUCUCCUGUCGAUGAGUGCAGGCGCUGGACACGCUGAAGAGGGUGCACCGUUCAACUGCGACAGCUGAGCUGUCUUCUAAGCCUUCGCAAUAGACUGUUCUUCUGCGGUGCUUUCUGGGCUCUGAGGCUUCGGCUACGUCCUGGAAGUGCAUCGACGGUUGCUAGAGUGUCGGUUAGGUCGUCCUGGAAACACGUUGGCCACUGUGACGUUUGCAGGAGUGUGGACUUGUUAACUGACGAUGAGGGAAGACUCGGAGCCCUCGUCGGACUCUCUCCAAACGUAGAGACAGUGUUUCUUUCCGGCUUGCAUUGUCGUAGUCUUCGCGGUGCAGUAUAGCAGAUGCAGACUGCUUGGCGUGUCUGUUGUCGUGGCGACGCGGGUCGUGACUGAAGUGUGCGGUGUGUCAUACGAUUGGGUGAACUUGUUUUCGAAAGCCGGCCUGUGCGUUAUUUUUUCCUUCUCUUCCACUUGGUGAACGACCGGACUGAACGCGCCAGUUUUUGAAGUCUCUUCAUGAUCCAGUCAAUGGGGAGCCAUGCCUCACGAAUGCUGCAAGUCAUUGCGACUCGAAUUCGGAGACGAGCUUUGUGCCACCUGACCGUGUACUAUUGCAACUAGCCACGAACACAAAGCCUUGUCGUCACUAUCCCGAUUGAACUUGUUGGUUUUUCUUUCGAGAACCUCAGUGGACUUCAGUUGGCUCGAAUGUUACUGGAAAUCGUGUGUGUGUGUUUGUUUAGGGAACUCCCCCCAUUUUAUUAUUGCCCUCCGUGUUAAUUUGUGCUUGUUCCCUCAGAAACUUUUUCCUUUCUGUGAACAUUGCGGUCCAACCGCUUAGAAGCGACGUCCUUCCUGGAUGCUCUGUGUGGAGCAGUGUAAAAAAAAAAAGAUUUUGGUCUCCUAGGAACUGAUAACUUUGUGGGGAAUGUAAAAAAAAAAAGGGAAAACUUCAUUGUUUCUUUUUUGAGUACUUGGAUAUAAAAGCUCUAGGACCUACCUACACUGACAACUCUCUUUUCCUUUCCAUCUAUGACAUUCAUAAACUGUGCGCCAGGUAUUCAGAUUUCGUGGUGCAUCGGAAGGUCACAGAUAUGUUCAGCCUUUUUUUUUUUUUUCUUUUCGUCACUUGUGUAAAAACGGUCUCGAGUUGAAAGUAGCAAAAAAACGCAUCCCUUCUGGCCUCUCGUCGAAGAUGCGUUUUUGUUUGUAUAUACAACUUGUGACAUUAGAGAGCUGUCUCACGGGGAAAAAAAAAAACGUAAUAAAGAAGUUCGCGCACUUUCA